AUGCAGGUCGUGCCGAAUAAGGAAGAUGAGAAGGAGUCAUAUAUAAAGGUUGCCAUGUUUAAGGAUGUAGAUAAAAAGGUUGUUGGCAUACAUGAUGGGUCAAAUGAUGAAUGUGGGAACAAUAAGGAUGACAAAGUUGUCAUAUUUGAGGAUGUAGAAAAGAAGAAGGAUAGAUCUAUCGUCGAUAAAGGGCCAAUGUACAAGAUACCAAAAAAUGUGGAUCUCAAUAAGCAUAAAAAACGCCCAAGAGCCUAUUUCAAAUCUUCAUAUAUGAGUAUCCCUUCGACUUCACGAGAACCACUCCGUCCUCCACAUUUCAAAAUAGAUGCAUUACAAUCUGAAGAAAUAUUUGCUUUAUAUGAUAAAAGGGAUGAAGAAGCACUUUCUUUUACAUAUAGAGGCGAAUAUGUGGGCUAUCCUUGGGGCAUUGAUUUCUGGAAGCACAUUUUCUGCCAUAAUGAUCCAAUUGAAGAACGUGGUUGGCUAGAAACUUCGCAUAUCGAUAUGUGGAGCCUUUUACUAUUAGAUACCAAGCUCCCCGACGAAAGAUGGACGAUUAUGCCCAUCCAUUUUAUGGCCUUUUUUGACGAGAAGUCAUUGAUCCCUUUUGCAAAUGGGUCGAAGCCUCCGUAUGAAGAUUGGGCUAAUGUUGAUUUGGUGUUGUUUCCUAUCAAUAUUAACAAUUGUCAUUGGUUGACGGGAGGUAUGGACCUGAGGACAUGGAAUUUAACACUUUAUGAUAGCUCGAUUUCAGAAGUAUCUAAUGAGAUAAUAUUGGAAAACCUACUAGCUUUCAAAGAGAAUUUCAAUGACUUCUUAAAGUUAAUAGAUUAUUGGACAAAGACUGGACGAGAGUCCACCCACAUGAAUUUGAAUAUUCAAUUUGCCAAAGGUGUACCCCAACAAGUAAAUGGCAGUGAUUGCGGGGUUUUUGUUUGCAUGUGGUUAGAGGCUCUAAGUAGUGGUAAAGAGUUGAACAUAAAAAAAGAUGAUGUAGCGGCUGAAUGUAUGGAAUAUCGUAGACGUAUGGCACGAAUUAUAUGGGCACGUCGUGAUUAG